AAGUACUAAUUUAUUGUCAAAGUGGGGUUGUUAUUUUUAGAUUCAAGUUAUUAUGUAAAAAUUUAACUAUAAAAGGUCAGUGUGUUAACUUCACUUAUAGGUAGAGCACAGAACAUUAUGUGGAACAAUUAUAGUUUUCACCUCCUUACUCUUGAUAACCUAAUGUUAGAUGACAACACCAAACUUUGGAGAUUUUGCUACAUGUUCAAUUAAUUAAUACUGGAUUUAUGCAAAACAUGGGGUGUGACUGUAAUGUGCCAUGGAAUACUUAGAAACUCUAUUAAAAAACAGUUAUAAAACAGUUAUUUAUAAAAUCUCGUUUCUAUGGUUAUUUGAUCAUUCCCAAGAUAAUUUUAUGUAAGAAAAAAAUCUGACAAGAAUUUUGCCAGUUAUUUAUACAUUUAAAAAUAAUGGCUAGCUUUGUUUUCAUCAUGCCAUGUGGUCAUUCACAAGGCAACAUAAGGUGAAGAUUGGACAUAUAAGUACCUAAAAUAUAUGUGAUUAUAAAGUUUGCAUGUAAAUAUCUGAUCUGUAGAAUAAAACUACCAUCCCAAAUACUUCCCAUUUGUUGUAACCAAAUGUUUUCCCCAUAUUAAAAAUUAAAACACUCACCCCCUCUUAUUAGACCUGCCCUGAAUUAUCCACAUUGAGAGGAAUUUUUGGUAGAGUUGUGAAAUGAAAGAAACAUAAUAAUUUAAUUUGCUAAUGAAUAGUUAAGAAUCAAAGACAUUGUGUUGAUAUAGGGCUGUCCAUACAGUUUGAAUUACAGACAUAAAUAAUAAUCCAAUCACUUCAGUUUAUUACUAGUACCCUCCUUCUUAACUUUUAUGAUUACUUCUAUUAUACCUAUAAUUUAAGAAGAACCCCAAAUAUUACCACCUUCCUUAUAGCUACAACAUAUGUACUAGUAAUGCAAAAGCCGACCAUUCAGUGAAGUGUGCCCUCCCAACCAAACAAGCACAAGACAUAUGACUGGUAAUAACAUGUUUUACAUUUUUAGUUAAAAAUGUCAUACCAUGUUGGUCAUUCCGACCUAAGAAACCGACAAAGCAUAUUGCAGGACUUACACCAGCAGAAACAACAACUACUGCAACAGUCAAGUGGAAACAGCACGUCAACUUCAAACAGUUCUCACAUUUCAUCUCGACCGAUUAAGCACGAUCCCCGUGUGCAUUCAGACGGAAUGCAUCAAGUUCCUAUGACGCGACGAACUGCACUGGAAUAUGCUUCUAAUCAUUCAUCAGGAUAUUUUAUAGCACAGGAUUCGCAACAUGGUAACCCAAUUCUACCGGUGAUUCCACGAAUAGAGGAUAAGGAUUGAGUUUGGGUAUGCAUUGUCACCAGUUUUAUACAGACACAGUAUUAAGGUGUCAAGUCUUUGUAAUACGUAUAAAUUUGACAUUUCAAUUGUAUUCCUUGCAGUAUCUAGAACCAGUAUAACUUCGAAAAGUACAUAGAAAGAACGUAAUGCAUUAAAAUUGUUUGAAGUUGACGUGUUGUGUUAAUCAUUAGAUGUAUAUAUACUAGUUCUUAAAAUCUGUGGAAGAAUCCACAUACAGAUAUGUUUUAAAA